UUGUCGAUUUUGAUCGACCGAAGCGGCGGUGAAUUUGUGAUUGGCAUUUCGCGGACUCUGUAACGCUUUUAAUCUAAAUUACUCAACAAAGAAACACUUUCAUUCUCAAUGUAAAACGUGCAUAGUAAGAAAUACAACGAUGAGUGCAACUGAUAUAAAUAAAGUUGACAAUGAGGAGGAAAGUAAAACGUUGAAUAAGGAACAAAUUGAAGCCGAAGAGAAAGAAGUGAUGUUAAAAUCUGACAAUGAGACAACAGAACAAGAUAUAGAGUUACGGAAUGAUGGCGGGCCCGUUAAAGCAGCACUGUCAGGAGAUAUUACUGAACAGGGAAGAGAAGUGAAGCCAAAAUUCAUACCUAUAGGCGCAAUUAAAAUGCCGGGGUUUUUCACUAGAAAUUCAGACAGAGAGAAAUCCAAGGAAGAGGAAGACAUUGAAAAGGAUACUGACAAUGACAAAAAUCUGGAAAAAUCUGACGAAGAUAAUAAACCUAAACAGCGCUUCCAAUUUUUACAAUCUUUUCCAUUUACAAAAUUUUUGCAACAGGCUCCUAAAGAAAACGAUGGUGAUUCUAUUGGAGCUAAGAAAAGUUUUGGAUUGUUCAAUGUUAAAUAUCCUAAGUUAUUUCAAAAAAAACCUGCAACAGAGGCAGCACUUGCAUCUAUGGAAACUUUAGAAGACAAACUGGAUACCACAAAUGAUGGAAUGGAAAAUGUUAAGCUAGAUAUGACUGAUGAGCAAGAGGGUAAGGUGGCAACAAAGCUUCCUUUAAAGGAGCGCAUCAGGCAAAAGAAAUUUAUAAUUGAUGACAUAAUGGUGUGUGGAGUAACAUUACUGGUACUUAUUGCGGUUAUAAUUGGUAUAGUGAUUGGAGCCCGUUCUGGGCCACCUGCUGAGCGUCCCCUUCGUCUAGGCAGAUUUAUUACCACCCAGACUACUUGUGGAUUAGUUGAGGGAAUCCUUGAUGAUGAAGUCUAUAACUUCUACAGCAUACCAUAUGCAGUUCCACCUGUGGAAGAUAAAAGAUUUACAUAUGCACAACCACUGAACAAUAUAUCUACCUGUUGGAAUGGUAAACUGGAAGUCCAUGAGCCUGGACCACUCUGUUUACAGUUUUUAGAUAAUGGAACUAUCACUGGCGAUGAAGAUUGUUUGACACUUGAUAUUGUGACACCUCAUGUUAGAUAUGACAGUCCAUUGCCAGUUGUUGUGUUAAUUGGUGCCAACACUCUAGCUGGUGGUAUAAGUCCGGCUCAACCUUCAGCCAUGUAUGCAAGGACAAAAGAAAUUGUAUUUGUCAGACCUAAUUUCAGACUUGGACCAUUUGGAUUUUUAGCUCUGGAUAUUUUAUCUAAUUCAAAAUAUCCACAUACAUCAGGCAAUUAUGGUCUCAGUGAUAUAAUUGUGGCAUUACAAUGGAUUAAGUAUAAUAUAAAACAUUUUGGGGGUGAUCCUGAAUCUGUGACUUUGCUCGGGCACAGAGCUGGUGCGACAUUAACUGCUGCAUUGACCACUGUUGUCAAAGCUCACAAGUUAUAUUCACGCGUUUGGCUAUCUUCGCCAUCUGUUAUAUUUCCCGGUGAACCUUUAGAACAAAGUCAGAAAUCAAAUGAACAAUUUAAACAAACCAGCAAGUGCAAUGAUGUCGAUUGUCUACGUCGUAUAUCUCAAAUAGAAAUAAUGACUGCUACGCCCGAUACGUGGCUAGGAAGUAAUAUUAACUCUUUACCUGUGGCUGAUGAGCUUAAACGUUCGUGGCUAGUAUUGGAUGGAGUUUACUUACGAACUCACGCUUACGAAAGCUGGGAUGCUCAAAAAGAAGCGAAAAUUACAGGUAAUAAGAAAGUAUUUAAACCUAUGGUUUUUGGAACUACAGAACAUUCUGGUCAAUCCGAUGUUUUACGAAUGAAAUACAUGAAUUGGACAGCUGAAAUAGUAGAAAAAAUGGUCAACGAAAGUUACAUAGGGGAGAAAAAUUUGACAAAUGAAAUAUUUAAAAUUUUCAAUAAAUCUUAUGCAGGACUCGUUGAAUUGAUUUCUUCUAUUCGAACAUUAUGUCCUUUAGUGAGCUUAGCUCGAAUGCGACUCGUGACGCCGAUGUACGUAGUCCUGGGUUCAGGUCCGGGUGGGGGUGCGGCUGCGUCUGGAAUGGCAGACAUUAAUUCUGAUAUUGAAGCUAUUCUCGGUACUUUUGACUCGGAAAUGCCAGAACAACGUCGUUUUAUGGCAGCUAUACAACAACUGUUUUAUUAUUAUGUAUGGCACGGUCAACUGCCAGGCCCAGAGACAGGCUUGAUCGCUAUCGGUCAAGAUCUACUGGUACACCAUGGGCUGCCAGCAUGUGACUUACUUAUACAAGAGGACAUCGUGCCCAGACAUGCGCACAUUGACUAAAAUUGGUUUAUAUUAUUAGUAGACAAAAC